UGAACUGAGGUACAGCAGUCACACACAACUACAUGAAUGCAAACUGGAGGAAAGAACAAUGCGGUCAAAACAUUUGUUGACCCAAUUUAUUGUAGCCUAUAAGUAGGUCAAUCAAAGGCGUGUUGUGCUUAUAUUAUAGUGUUAUAUGACUUCUAAGUGUCACAGUAGAUUAGCACAGAAUUUAGACAAGCCGGGUAACAUUUAGACAAAUCAGCAUGUUUUGAUAUACGUAGGGGAACCUCUAGUUUCUGCGCGCCGCACUCGCGCGCUCCCUGUCAUCUCCAGCGCGUCCAGCCGUAGGCGUGGCUUCGCGGGGGUUGUCACCUACCGUCUUCUAUCGAGAAUUACCUCUGGCUCUGUAGGCUCAGAAAAAGAGAAUGGGUCUUCAGUGGACAGCCGUGGCUCUCUUCCUCUACGCGGAGAUAGCGUUCAUUCUCAUCCUUUGCCUGCCUCUUCUGUCUGCCCAGAGAUGGCAAAAAAUCUUCAAGUGGCAAAUUUGGAGUAUGAUGUCAUCAUACUGGAAUAAGUUUUUCUUCGCCAUGAUAAUAAUCCUUGUGGUCCUAUUUCUUGAUGCUGUGAGAGAGGUCAGGAAGUAUUCGGCUGAGGAGACGACGAGUGAUCCCCAGGCUCAGAGUCACCCCAACUUCCAUGACCACGUGCACAUGAUGCUCUUCAGAGCCCAGAGGAACCUCUACCUCUCCGGAUUCUCACUCUUCCAGUGGCUCGUGAUUCGUCGCAUCAUCACCCUGAUCCACCAGGUGGCGUUGGCCCAGGGCAGCGGGGCGGCUCUGCAGACCCAAGCAGAAGGGGCCAACGAGGCAGCUCAGAAGUACAUGGCGGAGAACCAGAAGCUGAAAGAGGCUCUGAAAGAUGAGGCGAGUGCCAAGUCGAGCAGAUCCCGGCUGAUGAGAGAGGAGGUGGAGAAGGCAACCAAGGACCUGAGAGCUGCAGAUGAUGCAUUGCGGAGGUCCCGUGCUGAAAUUCAGGCUGUGAAGAAGCAAGCUCAGGGGUUCACUAAAGACUAUGGCCAGCUGCUGAAGGAACACCAUAGCACAGCAUUGCAAAAGUCCCGUGUUGAGGUGGAGGCGAUGAAGAAGCAAACUCAGGGGCUCACAAAGGAGUACGACCGCCUGCUGAAGGAACACCAGAUGCUACAGGAGAGUGCUUCCAAUGGACCUGAGGGCAAAAAGGAUCAAUAAGCCCUGAGCCAAGCAAACUCACAAACUCUUUGGCUUUUGCUUCGUAACUCCCCAUGCAAGGAGUAGCCUAGAGUAGCCUACACAUUAUCUCCUCCCAAGCAUUACUUGGAAAGAGAUACAAAGUAGGUUACAUGUUCUGCCUCACAGGAUGCCAUUUUGUCUUCCGACAUCAUUUUGUGAUAUGCUGGAUUCUUAAAUACUGUGCUUGGCUUGGACAUCGCAUGGCAAUGGUGGUGUACCUCCAGGGCUGGACUGCCCAUCUGGCAUAACGGGUAUUUCCCGGUGGGCCACACACCCUUUUGGGCCCCUAUUUUCAGAAAUGUAAAAAAAUAAAUAAUUUUUUUUUACAUUUCUGUAAAUACAGGAAGGGGCCCAAAAGGGUGCAGGGCCCACCGUUGAGUCAGUUUUGCGCUGCUAAUUAUGAAGGUCCCCUUUAAGCCAAAAGUGCCCAAGCCCUAUUUCUCCCCCAGUCCAGCCCUGUGCAUCUCCUGUCUGUUUGAAUCAGUGCAACGUUUGAUUCAUCAUUUGUGGGAGCCACUGCUGGAUCUAGUCAUUAUUAUUAUUAUUAUGACGAGGGGUAAUUGUCACCCUGUGUUUGUGCCUUGCUGAGUGAAUAAUGCCUUCAAAUCAGGAACUGUAAUGAAGUGGAAUAAAUACAUACAUUUCUACAACUAA